CGCAAUGAGGCUGCUCAGUAACUUACUAGGAAACCAGGGGCGGUGGGCGCGCGCUUGGAAGGCUGCAGGCGCCAUGGGCAGAGUGAGGAACGGCGCCAGCACCCAGUCGCGGGGGCGAAAGCGUCCCGGGGAUCCCGCCACCGCCUGUGCAGCCAUCCCGGCCAUGGGCGCCCGGCGCCCCCCUUUCCAAGUCCGCGUGGGGAGCCACGCGGCGGGAAGGAAGUCGGCGGCGGCCAGGCGGGAUCCCGCAAGGUUGCGGCGGAAGCGCUGGUGGCGGCGGACCCGGGAGGCAGGCUCCAAAGGCCCGCUGCGAUCCCCGAAGCCCCCGGCGCCCGCCGUGUCCUCUGGCGAGAUGGACCUGGGCGCGCAGCGGGAGCGCUGGGAGACGUUCAGGAAGCGGCGGGGCCUCAGCUGCGAGGGCGCCGCCAAGUUCCUGCUGGACACCUUCGAGUACCCAGGCCUGGUGUAUCACACCGGAGGCUGCCACUGCGGCGCGGUCCGCUUCGCCGUCUGGGCCCCCGCAGACCUGCGCGUGGUGGAUUGCAGCUGCAGGCUGUGCAGGAAGAAGCAGCACCGACACUUUCUCGUCCCGGCCUCGCGCUUCACUCUCCUGCUGGGCGCCGAGAGCAUAGUCACCUAUCGAUCCCACGCGCACCCGGCGCUGCACAGCUUCUGCAGCAGGUGCGGGGUGCAGAGUUUCCACGCCUCUGUCUCUGACCCCGGCGUGUAUGGCGUCGCCCCGCACUGCCUGGACGCCGGCACCGUGCGCAGUGUGGUCAUCGAGGAGGUCGACGGUGGCGACUGGGGGGAGGAGGCCGUGAAGGAGCCCAAGGCCAUCCAGAGCGCGUCCCCCGAGUGAGCCCCUGCCUCUCCUCCCGAAGAGGAGCAGUGACUGGGGCCGCAACACGCCCGAAACAUUCCCCUCCCCCCGCUUCCCCCGAGGGAGCCACCUCAGUGCUUGUGAAGGGAUUGCUGUAUGAAAGAGGUCGGUUUCUGGACUGAUGAACCCGUGAUGUCUCUCCAGGCUUCCACCCCUUCCCUUUCAGUGUUUUGCAACGAACUUGGACUUGCUUAUGAUCAAAAAGCUGAGCACACAUUUGUCUGUCAACAGCCAUAAUCUUCCAAUCCAAUAAGCAAGUAGUGUCUCUACUUUUUCAAGUCGCCUUGUGUAACCCUGCCUUUUAUUCUUUAUUCUUCGUGUAGUUCUCGUAGAUCAUUUUCAGAUCAUUCAUAUGUACUGUACCGUUACGGUGCUAUUGUGAACGAGAUUGUUUUUAAUGGUCGCAUCUGGUAUGCAGGACCACUCCCUAUAUCCAAACACUUUGGUGAACAUUUCUUAGGAAGUUUCCUGUUGAUUAUCUGCGUGCGUGUGUGUAAUUUAGGUCAGCACUCGCGUUUUCGCUACUUAGAGAUAGGUCAGCACUCGCGUUUUCGCUACUUAGAGAUAGGCGUUGAUUUCAGCCAUGUUGUUUAUUUAAUGUGUUUUUAUAUAAUAUGUUUAAGGCUCAUUAGUGUGACAUACCCCAUUGUGCUUAUGUUUUCACAUGAUGCUGCCACUUUCCUUGGUUUUGUUUUAGAAACUGCCUGUGCGUAGGGUGAUGGGGAGGCAGAAGGAUGAGAAAGAUGUCUGCGCUGUAUAUAUGUCCUACUUGAUGUUUUGAAAUUCCUAUCUUGAACAUGUGUUAAGUAUUCAUAUAUAAAGUGUUCCAGAAGUAAAUACUUAGUAACUAGAAAACUAUGUAUUUCUAUGUUGUACAUUAUAGAUCAGCAUCAAUUUAUAUGUAAUUUCUUUAUAUCUGAGGUUUUUAUCAAACAAUAGGUGGUGAGAGUGUCUUUUCCUAUCAAAUGAUAGGUAUAAAUACCAUCAUUUAAUAGCUUUGUAGAAUUUAAAAAUGUGGAUCUUUGUAACUUGUUUAACCAACCUCUUCUCAUGGAUAGGUUGCCUUUUCCCGCCUAUCUUUUGACUAUAAUAAUAUUUUGAAGGAGUAAAGUAGAAAUAAAUAUUCUGAGUGUUCUCUCCCUUGGAUAAAAGGGCCCAGAACUCUUUCCAUCUCUUUUUCUUGCUGUUUGUCUCUCUUCUGUACAUGUAUUUCUUUAGAUGUGCAUACCAUAUACAUUGAAUUAACUUGACAUAACAACUUAUAAAUGAGUUAAAUAGGUAUGUGUUUCCAUGUAUUGCAAAUAACAUGGCAGCCAUCACACAGAAGCUAUCAUCCUUCAAUUGUUAGCUCUCAUUUUCCAUCAUCCUCCCUACCCCAGCCUAGAGGAAGGGAAUUUAUGACUUGGUUUCCCUAACACGACCCUCUACUCCUCAAGUUCCUCCUUUGUUAUUUGGAAUAGCUUGGCCCAUCCCUUUACCAUCUAGAGGUUGGGUUGAGGUAGAAAAGGGAGAGAGAGAGGGAGAGAACUUGAACAUGCACAUAUACCCCUAGGAGAUUCAGUCAGAUUUGUGGUCAGAAAAGAUCAAUUGCACCUAGAAUUAGACCUAUAUGACAUUCCAUUGUCCAUUGCAUGGAUGGGAUCCAGAGAGAAAGAAAAAGAAAAUGCUCACCUUCA